AGUGACAUGAACAUGUGUCCUGUCCCAGUCAUGGCUUUUUCAAAACCUACCGUGAAGAGAAAGGUCCAGGCCCAGGUGUGUACUUCCUUGGCCGUGGCUCAGGCGCUGGCGGACGACGUCGACUGUCACGUUUUCCCCUUCAGAGAGUUCGGAAAAGGACGAAUUAAGAAACUGCGGAUCAGCCCCGACGCCUUCAUCCAGAUCAGCCUCCAGCUGGCGUACCACAGGGAUCGUGGUGGUUUCUGUCUGACCUACGAGGCGUCCAUGACUCGUCUGUUCAGGGAGGGGCGAACUGAGACUGUCAGGUCCUGUUCCAAUGAGAGCUGUGCCUUUGUGAAGGCCCUGGAGGACGGACAGUCAGAGGACCAGUGCCAGCGUUUGUUCCGGUCGGCUUCGGAGCGACACCAGAACCUGUACCGCAUGGCCAUGACCGGAGCCGGGAUCGACCGACACCUGUUCUGCCUCUACGUGGUCUCCAAGUACCUGGGGGUGGACUCACCCUUCCUCAAACAGGUUUUGUCGGAGCCGUGGCGUCUGUCCACCAGUCAGACCCCCGUCCAGCAGUUGGAGUUAUUCGACCUGAAGAACAACCCUGAAUACAUCUCACUGGGCGGAGGCUUCGGACCGGUGGCUGAUGACGGAUACGGCGUUUCCUACAUUAUCGUCGGAGAAGACAUGAUCAACUUCCAUGUGUCGUCCAAACGCUCCUGCAAGGAAACGGACUCCCGUGGGUUUGGAGCUCAGAUCAGUAACGCCCUGCAGGACAUCAUGACCCUUCUGAGCGCUGACACCAAAGACUCCGCCUCCGCCUCCGCCUCCUCCUCCUCCUGCUCCGCCUCCAAAGGAACAUCCUAUUCUCAAAGCAACAACUUCCACUAACAACGCCUCACAACGUCUGACCACAUGGACAAAAAAAGGAAAAAAAAGGACAAAAAAAAGAAAAAGGACAAAAAAAAGAAAAAAGGACAAAAAAAAGAAAAAAAAGGACAAAAAAAGAAAAAAAAGGCCCCAUUGAACUGAGCCGCAGUCAGACUGAAGACACACGUGAACAUAUGAACACAUGAACAUAUGAACACAUGAACACAAAGACAUGAACACAUGAAGACAUGAACAUAUGAACACAUGAACAUAUGAAGACGUGAACAGAUGAACAUAUGAACACAUGAACGCAAAGACAUAAAGACAUGAAGACAUGAACAUAUGAACACAUGAACGCAAAGACAUAAAGACACAAACAUCUGAACACAUGAAGACGUGAACAGAUGAACAUAUGAACACAUGAACACAAAGACAUAAAGACAUGAAGACACGAACAUCUGAACACAUGAAGACAUGAACAGAUGAACAUAU